AUGUUCUCGGAGACAGCCGUGAAUAUGAGCCUGACGGAUCUUUCUGCCGCCCAAGCUGUCGAGAUGCUCUGCGCUCGGGACAUCACAGCCGUCCAGUACGCAUCUGCGCUUCUGGCCAAGGCCCAAGAGUGGGAGUGCAUCAAUGCCUGGGCUGAGAUCGAUCCAGCAAAGGUGCUGAUGGAUGCGCAUCAAGUGGACAUGAUGUAUGACAAUGGCACAGACAUUCGGCCACUGUGCGGCCUCACCUUUGCUGUGAAGGACCUGUUCGAUGUGGCAGGCUACACCACUGUGGCCGGCACUCCCGCCCUAGCCGGGACGCCCCCGCAGGAGAACAACACGGCGUUGGUGCAGCGGUUACUAAGCGCGCACGGCGUAGUCAUGGGCAAGACGCGCAUGCACGAGCUGGCCUAUGGAGUCACCUCCAUCAACCCUGUCUUUGGCCCCGUCUUAAACCCCUACGACGUCACCAAAAUCCCCGGCGGCAGCAGCGGCGGCACGGGUGUGGCCCUGGCAGCUCGAUUUGUGGCCGGCGGCUUCUGCACCGACACGGGCGGUUCUUGUCGGGUGCCGGCCAGCUUCAACGGCGUGGCGGGGCUGCGGCCCACCAAGGGUUGCUACGCGAACGACGACCUAAUCGUUCCCCUGUCCUCCACUCGCGAUACCCCUGGGGUGAUGGCGCGCACGACGGCGGACAUUACCCUGUUCAACAGCAUUUUCUCCUCCUGCAACACGACGGCUGUGAACGUAUCUCUGUCCGGCAUGCGCAUCGGCUACCCGGUCAACUGGUGGGCCGACCUCAGCACCGAGACGGUGGGCGUUUACAAUCGGACGCUGGAGGCCAUCAAGUCGGCUGGCGUCACUCUUGUGCCCUUCAACGCAUCUUCCAUAGUGCAGUACCAUGACAAGUACAUUGGGGACUCCACCUUCUACACCAUGGAGCUCGGCCGCGAGCUUUCCCGGUACAUGUGGCGGCACGGCUACAACACCAGCUUCUACCAGCUGGCUCAGCAGAUGGCGUCCCCCGCCACCCAGGCAACCGUCUUGUCCACCAUCAUUGCCAAGAACGCAACCGCCUUCCCCACCAUUGACGACUACUUCAAAAUCCUGACAACCUAUAAGCCGGCGCUGCAGCAGCAGUACCUGGACCUGUACAACAACAACACUGUCGACAUCAUGAUCAUGCCGACCACGCCCAGCACAGCACCGCCGAUCUACUCCGUGGAGCCCUACAUGCUCUACAAUGGAAAGUACGUUUCCAACCGCGUGGCAAUUCGGCGCACGGCGAUCAUUGAGGCGACGGUGGGCGCCCCAGGGCUGAGCAUUCCCAUGGGCCUCGCCGAUAACUCGAUGCCCGUGGGAAUCCAGAUCCAGUCGCGCCCCGGCAGCGACAACCUGCUGCUGGCAGUGGGAGAGGCGAUUGAGGCGCUGCUGAGACCCACGCCGCCGCCCCCGCCGCCCACUUGCACCGGUUGCGAGCCCAUUGCAGGGACCCAGAAGGCGACCUACAACGGAACAGGGAUGCCCCAGAACGGCCAGACCACCAGCGUAUACACCCUUGACUUCCAGGGGAAUUGCACCGUCAAGAGCAGCCUUGCCAAUGCGCUCCCGCUGAUGGCGCAAUCUGCUGCGGGCAGCGCCUAA